CACAAAGAAUAAGUAAUAUGUAAAUGUACAGCGUAUGGGCAUGUGUAAUUUUGUUAAGAGUGCAUGAGUCCUUUCUCGAAAAUAUUGAUGCUCUUAUUUGAUAUGUACAUUACAAAAUAUAAUUUUAUUUAGCAUAAAAUUUUCAUACAUACCAAAUACACUAUUAAGGAUGGAAUAUAAUGUAUUUCGGGAUUAUUGUAAAGCUGAAAACAGUGAUGAUGAAGAAGUUAACCACGAUUUACAAUCACGAUUGUAUGCUGAAAUUUAUUAUACUUCAAAUUUUACAAAAAAUGUGGAUGAAAAGACAGAUAUUAAAUUAGAAAUUACUGGUACUAAUGAAAACCUGUAUACAAAUACAAGUACUACUGAAAUAUGUGGCAUCAAUGAUACUUCUGUAAAGAAUGAUGCUAGUAAAAAUAAUAAAAAAAUAUGUUCAAUAAAUGAUUCAAUGAAUAUAGCAUUUAUUGAAAAAGAUGACAAACCAGAUAUUAAAUCUAUUCAUUUUGCAAGUGAAGCUGAAUUAUUACAUAAGGACAUAAAUAAUAAAAGUGACGUAAAUAUCUGUAAGGAGUUUAAUGAAAAUAUUGAGCUUUCAAAAAAUAAUAAACAAUCAACAGCUUGUCAUGAUAUGGAAUAUGUUCAAAGUAAUUCAAAUUAUUCUAGCUCUUGUAAUAUUGAAAACGAUGUGCAUGUAAAACCAGAAGCAGAAAAUGAAAGUAAAGAAGAAUUAAGAGUUUUGCAAUCAUCGAAUAAUGAAAUGAUUAUAACUCAGUCUGCUCAUUUGAAUUCUCUGAAACACAAUAUCGAUAAUAGCAAUAUGAAAUGUCAACAAACUACAUAUAAUAAGACAAAUAUUGAUAAUAUUUUAAAGAAAUAUGACUUUGCAAAAUCAUUUAUCAAUAAAUUGUAUACACAAAAAUAUCAAAAUUUGAAGAAGAAAUUAUAUGAAGUGGAAGAAGAAGAAAAAGAGAAAAGUUUAAGGCAAAAAGAACAAGAGAUAGUGAAUGUUAAAGAAAAUGAAACAAAUCAGCUUUAUCAAAAGUCACAUCAAGGAAAAUCUAUAAAUGAAGUCGAUAUAGAGACAAAAUAUGAUAUAAUUGGUAGAACUGAUAAGUUUAAAAGAUCAGUCAAUUAUACUGAAGAAAUAACAUUAAUAUCAUCAGAAACAGAAACUGAUUCAGAAGAAUCCAUUUUAGAAGUACCUAUUCCUCCAAAACCUCAACCACCUGUCAUAAAUUUACAGGACUCUGAUGAAUGUUCUGAAUCAUCAAGCAGUAGCAGUGAUACAGAUCAAGAAUCUUCAUUUGUCUUAGAAAAGAAAGUUGAUGUAACUAAACGUAGGAAAAAGAAAAAUUCUGUAAUUGAUCAAGAUUCAGAUUGUAGUACUUUAAUUAUAGAUAAUGUUAAUGAUACAUCAGUAACAGAAGAUAUAAUGUUAAACUGUACAGCAAUACAAAAGGGUGCUUCAAGCAUAAAAGAAAUAAUGCAGAUGAGUAAGAAUGUUCAAUCAGUUCAGUACUCUGAUAAAGAUGAAAGUUUCUAUGAAAAUUUCACUAACAUAGACAAUAUAUCUGAAUUUCAAUCACCUAAACCUUUUGAUAACAGUAAUGUUAUUUAUGAAAAAGAUAAAAAUAAAUCAAUUAAUUUUGCAGAAGAUACAAUGGUAUCAAAUUUUAUUAAUUCUGAUGAAGCAGUAACUCCAAGCAGAAAACGGCAUUAUGAAAAUGACAAUGUACCUUCUACAAGUGUGCAAGAAAACAGAGAUUUAGGUAUUGAAAAUAAACGAUUCAAACCUAGUACUGAACAACAUAAUGUUGAUGAUAAUCAAAAGUCAUGGGAAGAAUAUAUUUUUCAACCUAUAUCAGAAAAUCUUAAAACUUUCUACGAAUCUAGAGAACAACAGAAUUUUGAUGUAGAAGAGAUUCAAAGUAAAAUGUCAAAGGAUCCAAAGCUUUGGGCUAUUUUAGAUGAAGAUCUGAUGCCAGGUCUACUCAAACGUCACAGAUAUUGGAACAUGAAAUGUUUUAAUUGCUUCCGAAAAGGUCACCGGGAACAUAAUUGUCCAGAGCUACUGAAACCUCUUCGAUGUCACAUGUGUGGUACACAAGGACAUACGGAAACUCGAUGUCCUCAAAAAAUGUGCCUCACGUGUGGUAAAAAGCAAGGUACAUUUAGAAAAACUUGUGAAUCUUGUCGUAUAUUGUAUUGUGAUAUGUGCAGUGCUGUAGGACACAAAUCAUCUGAAUGUCCAGAUCUUUGGAGGAGAUUUCAUCAAACAACACGAAUAUCUGAAAUAAAUAUACCAGAAAAUUUAUCUGAGGUUAUGAAACCUGCAGAUUUACUUUAUUGCUGUAAUUGCACCAAACGAGGACAUGAUUCUUCCACAUGUAGUGAGUAUCAGUGGUCACAACAUUUUCCAACACCAGCAUAUGUAUCAAAUUAUACAGGUGGGCCAGAAUAUGAAGUUCCUGUUCACAAAAAUACUAACGAAGAUAUAAUACCAUUAUCUAAUGUUAAAAAACAUAAAAGUAUGAUAUUUCUCCAAGGCAAAGAUGAUUUGGAUAGUUCUUGUGUUUUAUAUUCAUAUGGCAAAUUUUAUACAAAGCAACCUAUUGGCGAGGAGCUGAAACGAAAACUUUUGGGUGACCAAAUUUUACCUUCUCAUCUAUCAAGUCUUUUAAAUGAUCGUGUUUUUCCAGCAUUUUUGGUUCAAUUGACAAAACUAAUUAAAUUUGAAAUUAAAAUAUAUUGUAAUCCAAAUAAAGAACUAAUGAUGAGAGUUCGAUCUACAGCAGAUUUGUGUCGAUAUAUAGCUGAAAUUUUUAUCUUUUGGCUUAAACUGAGUAAUGAAGAUAAAAAUUUGGAGAUGUGUAUACAUCUUCCACGUAAUACAAAAAGAUUGCUUAAAAUAUUAACAACAAAAUUAGAGGAAGUAGAUCAGAUUUCACAAGAUCAGAUUUCACAAGAUCCAAACUACCUUUGCAGUGAAAUAGAUCAAUUACAAAAAUUAAUGGUUAAUAUUCAGGACCCUGCAAGAUCUGUUGCUAUUUCAAAGAAAAUCUUGGAAUGUCGAAGCAAUUUAAUAAAAAUAUUCCACACAAAACCUAGAUGUAGUGACGUAUUAAAAAAGUUAAAAAAAGUAGUCAAAUAUUUAAAAAGAUGUGGAACCACUGAAAUAUUCUUAACAUUAUAUUUGAAGAUUAUUGUUAUUUAUAAUAAAAUGUUUCUGCCUCGUUCAUUGACAAAUGUUGAAUUACAACGUCUUCUUAGAAAAUACCAUGUGAAUAAUAAAAGAAAUAAAGAAAAAGAAAACAAUAUAAAUAAGAAGCAAAAAAGAAAGAAAUGUAAUUUUGAAACAUUCGUAAGAGAUUUACAUAAAUUUAAUGAGUCUAUGAAUGCUCAAAAGGCAUAUAGUAAAACAAAUGAUAAUGAUGCAUGUUCAUCAAAAGAUAUUGAAAUACGAGAUGAACAUAUGCCUUCUAUUAUAUUCACUAGUGUUAAGAAUACUUCAACAAAUAAUAACAGACAUCCUAACAAUAUCCAAAUUAUACCAUAUAAUGCAGAAAAUACUUCUAAUGAAGAACACAAUAUAGAACAUAAUGUUACAGAAUCUUCUGACGUUGUUCAUCCUAUAGAAUGUAUAGAAUUGCCACACAGUCAGAAUAUACCUCGACAAAAACCUAUACAACCAUCAAGAAAGAUUAAAAAUGUACCUUGUGCCAAAAUAAAGCCAUCAGGGAAUAAUACAGAAAAACAGUCAGAAACAUUAAACAGCAACAACGAAGAAGCAAAUACAAGUGACAUACAGCAACAAGAUAAUCAAAUUAAUUCUGAAGUAAGUGGUACCAAAAAGAAAAAGUCUAAAAAAGUAAAAAAGGCAAAACUAGAUCUACAAAAUAGUUCAGAAGUCACACAAAAUGAAGUAACAAUUAUUGAUACAUCUUUAGAAAAUAACGCUAAUGAGAUAAUAAAAGAAGCUCUUGAAUUUAAUUUACCAUAUAUGAAUCAAGCUGUUGGAGAAAUUCAAAAAAGAAUAAAUGAUAAAAAUCUUAAACAAGAACAUAUUGAUACUUUACAAAGAUUAAUAAAUUUGGAGAAAGAUCACAGAAAAUAUGUAAGUUCAUUUUGUAAUUAUUUUCAGUAA